AUAUUAUUUCAUUACCUGAAUAAAAAUUAGUUCUUACAAAUAAUAAAAAUUAAAUUAGCUAUGUCUUAUUUGCCUUUAUUUUUAAAAGGUGAAGUUGUAAAAGGAUUCGGAAGAGGAUCAAAGGAUUUAGGGUGUCCUACAGCGAACUAUUCGCGCGAAGUUGUCCAAGCGUUACCGCAAGACAUGAAACCAGGAGUUUACUACGGCUGGGCCAAGGUCAACUCGACGCCCGUGCAGAAGAUGGUUGCGAAUGUAGGCUGGUGUCCCUUCUAUCAAAAUAAGGAAAUGACUGUGGAAACCCAUGUGAUGCAUGACUAUGGAAAGGAUUUCUAUGGAUCGAAUUUGAAAAUAUGUCUGAUUGGAUACUUGAGACCUGAAAUGAAUUUUAACUCCGUAGAUUCUUUGAUAGAAACCAUCAAGAAUGACAUAAAAAAUGCAGAAGAGCUUUUAGAAGCUCCUGAAGCGAUAAAAUUGAAAGAAAGUGAUUAUUUUAUUGAUCAAUGAUGAUUGAUCAGGUGUAGGUAAAUUUAGAUAUGUUGAUUUUUUGUUUAAUGUUACCUUAAUUAUGAUUUAAAUGUAUUUUAUUUAUAUGAAUGUUACAAAUAGACAAUAAAAUAUUUAUUUUUUACUUAAUGUAAAUUGUGUACAUGGAAUAUGAAUGACAUAUAAACGAAUUAUGUAUUAUAUUAGGUAUAGUAAUGGUAAUUAAUCAAUAAUUUGCUGCUUAAUUCCACAUUUUUGUGAUAUUUUUAUACUGUACCAAAUCAUUAUGUAAAUAAAAAUAUAUU